AUGCCCGUAUUUAUUCCCCCGGUCCCAAUAGCUCUUGUGUUUUUCAUAAAGCCUUUCCUUCAAAAUAAAUUUGAGUACACGCACUUUAAUCAUACACAUGAUACACUUAUGUCAAAUCUAACAGAAAGCGCACUUGUCAAUCUGCAUAAAUGCAAAAAUCAAGGUGUCUCUCAAGUGAAUUAUUGUAAAAGCAUAGCUAUUAGCAAAAAAUCCACAUCCAACCCCCCUAUGCUACAGGCUUGUAACAGAUCUGGUGUGAUUUACUUGGCUUUACCCUUUCAGCUUCACUCCCAUAUAGGUAGUCAGGAACCUGAUCUGCCUUUAUUUUUGACCCAAAGUGGGACAUCAGGGGUAAUUAUUGAAAUUUCAUCCAGACUGGGCAUUUUGGCCCUGUUUGUGUCAACCAGGGCCAAAACAGGGCCAGGAAAUGCGCGUUUAUUGAGCGCGCAAAAAGCAAAUCCCAAUUGUUGUCCUAUGAUGCAAAAAAAACAUAUACCUGGGGCACCAGAGUAUUCACACGUGGUCCCCCACCGCACUACUGACUCGGCCCUACAAUGUUUGACUGCGCAGAUCGGACGGGAUGCAGUAAGUUCAUUGUGGUAUGGCCCCAGAUAA